AUGAGUUCAGGGUCAAAUGACAGCUUUUCCAAUGAGGAGAACUUCAAAUUUUUUGGACUUGGUGGUUGUAACGAAGUUGGACGAUCAUGUCAUAUUAUCGAGUAUAAGAACAAAGUUAUAAUGUUAGAUGCUGGUAUGCAUCCAGCUUAUAGUGGACAUGCAUCAUUUCCGUAUUUUGAUGAAUAUGAUUUAUCAAAAGUAGAUAUAUUAUUAAUAAGUCAUUUUCAUGUUGAUCAUUCAGCUUCAUUGCCCUAUGUUAUGCAACAAUCAAAUUUUAGAGGUAAAGUAUUUAUGACACAUGCAACAAAAGCUAUUUAUAGAUGGUUAAUGCAAGAUUUCGUUAGAGUCACAUUAAUUGGGAGCUCAAGAAAUGAUGGUGCAGAAGAAGGGGGAAAUUUAUAUACUGAUGAUGAUAUUUUUAAAUCGUUUGAUAAAAUUGAAACAAUAGAUUAUCAUUCAACGAUGGAGAUUGAUGGUAUCAGGUUUACAGCUUAUCAUGCAGGUCAUGUUUUGGGUGCUUGUAUGUAUUUCAUAGAAAUUGGAGGAUUAAAAAUACUAUUUACAGGUGAUUAUUCAAGAGAGGAGAAUCGACAUUUACAUUCAGCUGAAGUUCCUCCAAAUAGUCCAGAUAUUUUAAUUACAGAAUCAACUUUUGGUACUGGUACAUUAGAACCAAAAGCAGAAUUGGAAAAAAAAUUAACAAGUCAUAUUCAUGCUACAAUAACAAGAGGUGGUAGAGUUUUAUUACCAGUUUUCGCUUUAGGUAAUGCACAAGAACUUUUGUUAAUUCUUGAUGAAUAUUGGCAGAAAAAUGAAGAUUUACAGAGUGCAAAUGUUUAUUAUUGCUCAGGUUUAGCUAAAAAAUGUAUGGCCGUUUAUGAAACUUAUACAGGAAUUAUGAAUGAUAAGAUACGGCUCUCUUCUUCUGGUGAUUCUAGAUCUAGUCCUUUUGACUUUAAGUACAUAAAAUCUAUAAAAGAUUUAUCAAAAUUUUCAGAUUUAGGUCCUUCUGUAGUAGUCGCAACUCCAGGUAUGUUACAAGCUGGUAUAUCAAGACAAUUAUUAGAGAAAUGGGCACCUGAGCAGAAAAAUUUAGUAAUUUUAACUGGUUACUCAGUGGAGGGUACAAUGGCGAAAGAUUUGUUAAAGGAACCGCCAAUCAUACAAUCAAUAAAUAAUCCUGAUUUAAGUAUACCAAGAAGGAUAGGUGUUGAAGAAAUAUCAUUUGCAGCUCAUGUUGAUUUUCAACAAAAUUCAGAAUUUAUAGAUAAAGUGUCACCAUCAAAAAUUAUAUUGGUACAUGGUGACUCAGUUCCAAUGGGUAGAUUGAAAUCAGCAUUAUUGAGUAAGUAUUCAUCAAGAAGAGGGACAGACAGAGAAGUCAAAGUAUAUAAUCCAAAAAUAUGUGAAGAGUUGAUUAUAAAAUUUAAAGGGUUGAAAGUUGCUAAAGUUUUGGGGUCAUUAGCUGAAGAACAAUUACACCAACUAAAACAAGAAAUCGAAGAUCAAGUUAAGAAGGAUGAAGAAAAAAUUACGGAGAUUAAAGAAGAAAACGGUGAAGAUAAUAAAAUGGAGGUUGACGAAAAAGAAUCAGGAAAUGUAUCUGUUUUCAAACCAGGACAAAUAGUAUCAGGUGUCUUAGUCUCCAAAGAUUUUGAUCUAAAUCUUGUUCAAUUACAAGACUUGAAUGUAUUUACACAAUUAUCAACAUCAAUAGUAAAAUCAAAAAUAAACCUCAAAAUAAAUGCUGAUAUAUCAUUAAUGAUAUGGCAUCUUGAACAAAUGUUUGGAUAUAUAAAUAUUGUUACUGAUGACGAAGAAUCAUGGGAAUGUGUUAUAAUGGAUGUUGUUGAUAUUUUCAUAGAUAAAACAAAUAAUUCUGGUUUGUAUAUAUCAGUUGAAUGGAUCAAUGACAAUUUGAUGGCUGAUUCGUUGGCAGAUAGUAUAAUUGCAAUAUUGUAUUCCAUAGACUCAUCACCUGCAUCAGUUAAACUAACCUCAAAACAACAUAAUCACAGCCACAAUCAUAUAAGUGACAGGGUCAAAAUUGAAAAUGGCAUAAAGAAAAAGUUAAUCAAAAACGAUGACAUAGAAACAAGGAUUCAAAAAAUUUCAUUAAUCUUACAAGCUCAAUUUGGUGAUGCAUUAGAAAAUUUACCAGACGACAAGGCAAAAGUUACAAUUGGUAAAAAUGUUGCAAAUAUAAAUUAUAGAUCUUUGGAUAUUGAUUGUUCUUCAAAAGUAUUGAAAGAUCGUAUUGAAAAUAUCAUCAAGAGAGCUUGUUUAUUGAGUGCUCCAUUAGCUGUAUCGUCAAAGUUUGCAUAG